AUGUCAAGUCCAACGCCAACACCGGGUUCCUCGACCCUGCGCCUCCGCGCGAAGAGGGCAUGCGACCAUUGUCGUGCACGCAAGACGCGCUGCGUGGUACUCACCGGGGCUACGUCGUGCACGGCAUGUCAAUCAUACCAGGUAUAUUGCGGUCUCGAUCUUGAGAAACAUCGCCGAUAUCAGUACCGCCGCGUGAAGCGCCUUGCACGAGAUGUCGAGCGUCAAGCGCGCCUAGGGUUUGCAGGGGCUAAAGCAACAGGUAUGGCGUUCAAGCUGGAAAAGGCAUAUGAGCAGCGAUACACUGACCACUACGGCCCUGGCGUAUCACCAUCGGCAAAUCACCCGAGGGCACCCUCAGUGCCAAGCUCUCCAACCAUUAUAGCUCUCCCAAGCUAUAUUAGACAGCUCCCUGAUCCCGCUGAUGCCAGUGCUCUCGAUGACUUGGCAGCUCAAGGAGCCUUCGCGGUCCCCCCAACAGAUUCUCAGUUCGCGUUGUUGAAGAGCUUCGUACAGCACGUGCACUCUGGUCUGCCGCUGCUUAACCUUGGCUCACUGCUCGACGCGAUAGUAUUGCGAGACGGUCAGCAGGUUGGCUUGUUACUAUUCCAGGCCGUCAUGUUUGCCGGGGCAGUCUUCGUUGACGACGUACAUUUGCAUUUGAUGGGAUACAAGUCUCGGAGAGAUGCCUUGAAAGAACUCUUUACGCGCGCAAGAGCUUUGUAUGAGUACGGUUGCGAGACUGAACCGGUGGAAACCUUACAGGCGUUGCUCCUUUUUACACUCUACCAGGAGGACCACCAGUGCGGGCCAUCGUUCUGGAUGAGUACGCUGUGGGCCAGGACGCAGGCCACGAAGCUGUGGCAUGGAGCUGAGGUAUUAGAGUCCGGCCGAGGUCUCUGGAAGCGCCUUUGGUGGAGUAUCUACACCAGGGAUCGCGUAAUUGCCCUCGACACCAGACACCCGGUGUACAUCGGCGACGAGGAACAUAAUGUCCCAAUGCUACUGCUGGCUGACUUUGAAGCCUGCUACGCGACCGGCAAAACAUACUUGGAGCUGGGCCUCGAUCUCACCUUGCGCGAUACGGCAACCAAGACUGCCCUGGCGCUGACUUUUAUCUACAAAGCCAAGCUUUGCCAGUACAUCGCCCGCAUCCUAUCCACCCAGUACUCAGUCGGCGUCGCCUCCACCGGAGCAGCGAUGUAUACGCCCCGGGGUACGGGUUUAGCUUCGUCCGAGUUCCAGGACCUCCAGCGCGAGCUGGAUGGGUGGCAGGCUAGUCUGCCUCAGUCGCACCAGUUUCAGUUUCCAAUAGCUGUUCUUCCCCCUCGAGGCGAAGCCCAGGACAUUGUCCACGUGCAGCAGUCUGUGGUGCAGAUGUUAUUUUUCACGGCAGUCCACUUGUUGCAUCGUCCUUCGCUUUGCCUGCCGCUCGCGGUCAACUAUUUGGACGGCAUAUUCCGUGACCUCUCCGCGUGGAAGAUCGAGUGCGCGUCUCAGAACAUCAUCGCAAUCGCACACAGCCUCCACAUUAACAACAUGACCGAUUGCCUGCCGGACACCGCUGUAACAUCCCUCCUCUCUGCCGCAAUAUCCUACACUGUCAAACCUGCUCCUCGGGUUUCCCCAGCUGCGUAUCCAGGUGCAGAUUACCUACAACAAGCCCGGGAUUGUCUCGAAAGGCUGAAGGACAGAUACGAGGGGGCACGCUGCGCGGAAGCGUUCCUGAACUAUGCUGCUAAGCUAUCGGAGCGUUUUGAAAGCUUUUCGCUACCGCUGUCUGAGAUGAACGAGGCCGAGGUUGCUAGUUCCCAUGGCUCCGAUGGAUUUCAGUCGUGCGCCUGCCAUGAGGACCCUACCUUGCCUUGUAUUUAUUACUGA